AGAGCUAGCGCGAGGCGGCAGCAGCAGCAGCAGCGGCGGCGGCUCCGGAGCUCGGCCCAUCCUCCCCGUGACAACGCAGUGUUACGUGCUGCGUCUCCGCUCUGUCGUCAGAGCAGCCCCAGCCUCCCACCCGCACACAGCUCCUCUGCGCUCUGCACCAGAAAGGAGCAUCCUCUGCUCUCCACCCCCCCCUCGCCUCUCUCUCUCUCUCUCUUUCUCUCUCUCUCUCUCUCUCUCGCCCUCAGUCAGUCGGUGUGUCCUCAGAAUGAGGUUGGCAGCACCAGUAGCAGCAGCCGCAGCAGUAGAUACAGACAACGGGGACACAGUUACUGCGGCAGCCAGGAGACGCUGUCCUUCAGCCGGGCACCAUCUACCGCUGCCUUCACCCCUGCCCUGAGAACACAACACUUACCCUUGUGCUCUCUCUCUCCCUCCCUCGCUCGUUCUCUCUCUGUCUCUCCUUCAUCCUCCCUCACUCUCUGUCCUCUUUGAAUUCGUCUCUCGAAUUCGCCUCUCUCUCUCUCUCUCUCUCUCGCUCCUUCCCUCUCGCUCGCUCUCUCUCUCUCGCUGUCUCUGUCGCUGUAGCAGUGAUGGGAAAGACCACCAUGUAGACGCAGAGAGGCAACGGAGGCAACAGCAGAAUAGCAGCAAUGGGAUGCCACACAUGGAGCGGGUCUGGACUGCAGCCGUGGUGAGCCUGAGACCUCCAGGACCUGCGACCACCAUCAUUGCCCUUCUCAGGACCUGACCACUGGGGCUGUCCAACGCUCACCUGGAUGCUCCCCAAUUGUGUUUCGUCAUCCCUUCCUCUCCUUUUUUGCUGCUGUUCUUUCUCCUCAUCCUCUGUUUCUCCUCUCUGAUGGCUUUUCAGUCUGCUGACAUCUAGCAGUCUGUCCUGAAACAGAGAAGCUGCUCAUCGAUUUCGCCUCCUGGAUUCCACCCCCCCCCCCCCCCUCUGCGUUUUUAUUCUUUUUCGCCCACUUGACCUACGAGUGGCGUUCUUUUCUAAUUCCUUUUCGUGAUUUUUCUCGCCCGCUCAUUACACACUUUGGAUUUUUUCUUUUUUCUCGACGAGGCCAAUCUAAUCUCUCUGUUGCUCAAGAAUUUUGAUUGAUCUAUAAGCAAUAACAAACACUAAUCCAACUGACUUGCCUCGCUGACACCAUGGGGGACAUGUCCAACAGCGAUUUUUAUGCCAAGAACCAAAGAAACGAGGGCAACCAUGCGGCAGGCUUCGGCUGCUCGCUCAUGGAGCUGCGCUCGCUCAUGGAGCUGCGUGGUACAGAGGCAGUGGUCAAGCUCCAGGAGGACUACGGGGGCGUGGAGGGACUGUGCAAACGACUGAAAACCUCACCCACGGAAGGUCUUGCCGGCGUCCAAACCGACCUGGACAAGAGAAAAGAAAUAUUUGGGAAAAACCUGAUACCUCCAAAGAAGCCAAAAACCUUCCUGCAGCUGGUUUGGGAGGCCCUGCAAGAUGUCACCCUCAUCAUCCUGGAGAUCGCUGCCCUCAUCUCCCUGGGUCUCUCCUUCUACCAUCCUCCCGGAGAGAGCGGCGGAGAGUCCUGCGGCUCGGCGGCCGGCGGCGUGGAAGACGAGGGCGAGGCGGACGCUGGUUGGAUCGAGGGCGCCGCCAUCCUGUUGUCUGUGGUGUGCGUGGUGCUGGUCACGGCCUUCAAUGACUGGUCGAAGGAGAAGCAGUUUCGCGGGCUGCAGAGCCGGAUCGAACAGGAGCAGAAAUUCCAGGUGGUGCGCGGCAGCCAGGUCAUCCAGCUGCCUGUGGCUGACAUAGUGGUGGGGGACAUCGCACAGGUCAAAUACGGGGACCUGCUUCCUGCUGACGGCGUGUUGAUCCAGGGCAACGACCUGAAGAUCGACGAGUCGUCGCUGACUGGAGAGUCGGACCACGUCAAGAAGUCUGCGGAUAAAGACCCCAUGCUCUUGUCUGGGACCCACGUGAUGGAGGGGUCCGGGCGUAUGGUGGUGACUGCUGUUGGCGUCAACUCUCAGACUGGGAUUAUCUUCACGCUGCUGGGAGCCGGCACGGAGGAGGAGGAGAAGAAAGAAAAGAAAGGAGGGGCAGUAGAAGACGGACACCAGAACACAGACUGCUCCCAUGCCCCUAUCCACCCCAUCGCAACAAUAGCCACGGAUGGGGCUGCAGGCAUUAAUGCCCCUGGCAGUGCCAGCCUAAUUAAUGGUAAAAUGCAAGAUGGCAAUAUGGAGAGCAACCAGAUUAAAGUAAAGAAGCAAGACGGAGCAGCUGCCAUGGAGAUGCAGCCUCUGAAGAGCGCUGAAGGCGGAGAGACGGAUGAGAAGGAGAGGAAGAAGGUGUCCGUUCCCAAGAAAGAGAAGUCUGUGCUGCAAGGGAAGCUGACCAAGCUGGCUGUCCAGAUUGGCAAAGCAGGUUUGCUGAUGUCAGCGAUCACAGUCAUCAUCCUGGUCCUGUACUUUGCCAUUGACAACUUUGUGAUGCAGAAGCACCCAUGGAUGCCGGAGUGCACUCCCAUCUACAUCCAGUACUUUGUCAAAUUCUUCAUCAUCGGCGUGACCGUGUUGGUGGUGGCCGUGCCGGAGGGGCUGCCGCUGGCCGUCACCAUCUCCCUGGCGUAUUCUGUCAAGAAAAUGAUGAAGGACAACAACCUGGUGCGUCACCUGGAUGCGUGCGAGACGAUGGGUAACGCUACGGCCAUCUGCUCCGAUAAGACGGGCACGCUGACCACCAACCGCAUGACGGCGGUGCAGUGUUACGUCGGGGACGUGCACUACAAGGAAAUCCCGGAGCCUGGAGUUCUGCCUCCCAAAUCGCUGGACUUACUGGUCAACGCCAUCUCCAUUAACAGUGCCUAUACCACCAAGAUCCUGCCUCCGGACAGGGAGGGCGGUCUGCCGAAGCAGGUGGGCAACAAGACCGAGUGCGGCCUGCUGGGAUUGGUCAUGGACCUGAAGCGGGAUUACCAGCCAAUAAGGAACCAGAUCCCAGAGGAGAAGCUGUACAAAGUCUACACCUUCAACUCCGUCAGGAAGUCCAUGAGCACUGUCAUCAAGUUGCCCGAUGGGAGCUUCCGCAUGUACAGCAAAGGGGCGUCCGAGAUUGUCCUCAAAAAAUGCAGCCAUAUUCUCAACGAGGUGGGUGAGCCGAGGGUCUUCCGUCCGCGGGACAAGGACGAGAUGGUGAAGAAGGUGAUCGAGCCCAUGGCGUGCGACGGCCUCAGGACCAUCUGCGUGGCGUUCCGCGACUUCCCCAGCAACCCUGAGCCCCACUGGGACGACGAGAACAACAUCCUGAGCGACCUCACGGCCAUCUGCGUCGUGGGGAUCGAGGACCCCGUCAGGCCAGAGGUGCCUGACGCCAUCCAGAAGUGUCAGCGCGCAGGCAUCACUGUUCGCAUGGUCACAGGAGACAACAUAAACACAGCCAGGGCCAUCGCCAUCAAGUGCGGCAUCAUCCAUCCCGGAGAGGAUUUCCUCUGCAUCGACGGGAAGGAGUUCAACAGGAGGAUCCGUAAUGAGAAGGGAGAGGUGGAGCAGGAGCGCAUUGACAAGGUUUGGCCCAAACUCAGAGUUCUCGCUAGAUCCUCCCCGACGGACAAACACACUCUUGUCAAAGGGAUCAUUGACAGCACCAUGGCAGACCAGAGGCAAGUGGUGGCUGUGACUGGAGACGGGACCAAUGAUGGACCGGCUCUGAAGAAAGCUGACGUGGGCUUCGCUAUGGGUAUCGCCGGCACAGAUGUGGCCAAGGAGGCGUCCGACAUCAUUCUGACGGAUGAUAAUUUCAGCAGCAUCGUCAAAGCGGUGAUGUGGGGUCGGAACGUCUACGACAGCAUCUCCAAGUUCCUCCAGUUCCAGCUGACCGUCAACGUGGUGGCCGUCAUCGUAGCCUUCACCGGUGCCUGCAUCACACAGGACUCCCCUCUGAAGGCGGUGCAGAUGCUGUGGGUCAACCUCAUCAUGGACACGUUCGCGUCGCUGGCUCUGGCAACGGAACCUCCCACGGAGUCUCUGCUGAAGCGGAAGCCGUACGGCCGCAACAAGCCCCUCAUCUCCAGCACCAUGACCAAGAACAUCCUGGGGCACGGCGCCUACCAGCUCGUCAUCAUCUUCACGCUGCUCUUUGUCGGUGAACAGAUCUUUGACAUUGACAGUGGCCGUAACGCACCCCUCCACUCCCCUCCGUCGGAGCACUACACCAUCAUCUUCAACACCUUCGUCAUGAUGCAGCUCUUCAACGAAAUAAACGCUCGAAAAAUCCACGGGGAAAGGAACGUGUUCGACGGCAUUUUCAGGAACCCAAUAUUCUGCUCGAUUGUCUUUGGCACCUUCGCUGUGCAGAUUGUGAUCGUGCAGUUCGGAGGGAAGCCAUUCAGCUGUCAGCCUCUGGACCUGGAGAAGUGGAUGUGGUGCGUGUUCCUGGGCCUGGGGGAGCUGGUCUGGGGGCAGGUCAUAGCCACCAUCCCCAACAGCAGGCUGCGCUUCCUGCGGAGGGCGGGACAGUUGACGCAGAAGGACGAGCUGCCGGAGGAGGACGUGAACGAGGAAAACGAAGAGAUCGACCACGCGGAGCGGGAGCUGAGACGGGGACAGAUCCUCUGGUUCAGAGGCCUGAACCGCAUCCAGACUCAGAUUGAAGUAGUCAACACCUUCAAGAGUGGCACCUCCUUUCAGGGGGCGGGAGCUCUGAGACGCCAAUCGUCCACCACCAGCCAGACCCAGGAUAUCCGCGUUGUGAAUGCAUUCCGUAGCUCCCUCUAUGAAGGCCUGGAAAAGCCAGACUCCAGAUCAUCCAUCCACAACUUCAUGACACACCCCGAGUUUAGGAUAGAAGACUCCACGCCCAACAUCCCCCUCAUCGACGACACGGACGAGGAUUCAGCUCGGAGGAGGAGGAAGUACUCCAGCCAGCCCUCGUCCCCCAACAAGAACAACAACGCUAUCGACAGCGGCAUCAAUCUCACCAUCGACACCAGUAAAUCGGCGGCCUCCUCCAGCCCCGCCAGCCCUCUGCACAGCUUGGAGACCAGCCUCUAACCCCGAUCCUGAACUCAGCUCCGACCUCCCACAUCCUUGCCGUCUGGUGGCGCCUCCUCCAGACCCUUUAACUGCGCCCUCGCACCUCGUCACCCGCAGGCUUUCACCUCGUCCCACUCACGGCUCGUCCUCCAGGCCCUCAAACCCCCGAUUCCAUGCCUCCGUCGCUCCCGUUCCUCCGACCGUGAGCUCCCCGCGGAGAAAAUCCGAAGUAACACAACAAGGUGAGAAGAGAACAUACAAUCAAAAAAGCGCAACAAAGCCACAAAACGUGCACAGCCAUCCUGCUUUUAUGGUUGUAUGUGUACGGUGGCGGUGGUGGGUGUGGGACUCGAUGCGUGUUAGCAUGUAUUGUAUUAGCGUGCCGCUGACUGCACAUACGUCCGAACUUAGUGGCACCGGGAGGAGGACAGUGAGGAGGGAAGAACUGAAAAAACAGACGAACUUUAAAACUCACCUUACACUUCUUCUCCUCAACAAUAACAUUGUCAAUACUGAGAAUAGUUUAAAUGAAAUUGAAAAAACAUUGUUAUUAUUCUGACUGAGAUUAUUAUUGUUAUUAUUAUUGUUGCUCCUGCAUGAAUGUACAUUACCCAAGUUUUAUUUCGAAGGCUUUUCGUUCUAUUUGGGGUUCUUUCGUUCUGAUGGGCUCGGCCUCACGGCAGACUACUAUUUUGGAGCCGGCUUCUCUGGGUUCCCGCCCGCAAAGCUCCCUCGUCCGUUUGGCAUGAACAUGUACGCAAUCGCAUUUCAUCAAUAAACGGAGACGUGAACCAAGGUGGUAGGGCUCAACUUGCACAGUAGUUUUGCACCUGUCGGGAAAAAUGGAACGCAAAAUAAUAAUGAUGAUGAUAGCAUUUAUGGGAUAUAUUCUAUAAAUAUAAAUAUAUAUAAAUAUAUUUAGAGAGAUUUUAUCUUUGUUUGUUGGCAUGUUGCCUUGUUCCUGCUUCAAUGGCUCAAAAUACUUUGACUUAUUUAUGUCUUAAAGAGAAUGUAAUUUGUUUACAACCUCGUAGAGAUAAACUUCCUGGUUUCUACAAGGAGGGAGGCGAAGCUGAAGCUCAGAAGGACCAGAGCUGUGUUGGUGUGUUAUUACUGAAAAACCGUGUGCUGGACUUUGCCUGCUAUCUUGUCAAAUACUGUAGAUAUUUUUAGAGGAUUAACGAACAAAAAGAAACCAAAAUAUAAUGGGAUACAUAGUAAAUGUGGAAUCUUAGUAUUAUUCUGUAUGAUUGUUGGGAUCAAGGUGGAGUGGCUUGCCUUUGGUUUUUCUAAACAGAGGCCUCCUUUUUGUGACAGAGGGGGAAUAUUUGAUUCUGUUUUUCACUACUACUUCUCUUUUUUUAAUUGUGUUUUCUUUCCUGUGCUUCAGCGCUGGCCUGUGGUCAGGGCUCGAGUCUAAGGCUGUUAUCAGGACCUUUACAGUGAACUGUCUUCUAGGUAAACCUGCUUGUUCAAAGGACUUGUCGUUUUAAACGCGUGACCAUCAAAAGGCUGCAGUUGAGUCAUAUUAGAAUUUCGCAAAGUUAUAUUUAGCUUAUCUGUACCGCAUGGAAAUCAGACUUUUUGUCUGUUUUGUUUUUGUCGGAAAUUUGGAAUAUAUUGUGCUUUUCAUUUAUUUUUUUUUUUUUCGUUACGAUUUGAUUUUUGGUUUCAAAGAGUUUAUUUGGCUCUGGCGGAGAGAGAGAGGCGCACACAGCCCCAUAAAGCUGUUGGCAUUUUUAAAUCUCAAAAAAAGGAAAAACUGACAAAAAACCCAAUUACAACAAACAUGGAAUGUUGCUUUGACUCUUUUUCUAUAUAUAAAAAAUACAGUUCUUUUCUGCACUAUCUGGUUAUGAAUGAAAACUUCUGUGGUGUAAUUCUAGAUGUGCUUUCGUGUGUUUUAACCAAGCUUGUCUUCCUGCCGUCACAGAGUAUACAAUAAUCUAGCAUCAACUGUACUCACUAGUCGUAAACUAUUUAUUGUGCUUUGACCAAUCAGACAUUACCAGAGAGCGGUUACUUACAGAAGGCACAUUUACCCCGACUUAUUGCACUAAGAAGGACAAGGCCAGUUAACUAGCCUGUAAUAUUCUUAAUAGUCUCUAUUACUAACUGAAGUAAGUCAUUGGCGAGCAUGAUACGAUCAUUAUGCAACUUGAAAAAAAUUUACAAAUUUUCUACUUACAAAAUCCUGUACACUACUAUAGUAUAUAGUGUACUGUAACAUCCAUCCAAGCGGUUCUGUCUGUUUCCUUUUUCUAUAUCCUCCUCCUCUGUCAUUUCCCAGUCGAUCCAUUCACUAGGAGAGGGUGCACAAGCUUUACCAGUCAGCUCAGGCGCGUUCGGACCGUAACAUGGACCAUUUGAAUAAAAAGCUGUCUUUAUUUAAGUUGAGAAAAACACACAGUCUGACAAUUCUGCGUAGACGUUGUUGAUUUUUCUUGUUUCUUUUGCUAUGUUUUAACUCGACAAUUUGUUUUGUCUGUAAAGAAAUUCAAACAAUAAACAGAAAACGGCAUUUUCCAAUAAAAAAGACUUAAGCCAACAUUCUCAAACCACUUUUACAUCCAGCACUUUCAAAGUAAUCUUUGUAAAUACAGCGAUGCGCCCACUGUGGACAGAAACUCCAUGCGGACUGGCGCGAAAACAGGAACUCUUUCUGACUACGUCUCCCAUCAUGCAUCACAAGUCAUACUGUACCACGCAUACCACAGCUGUUUGGCUGUAUGUAAUCAAUCACUGCUCCUGUCAGCAACAAAACAUCAUGAUUACAUCCAAAUAAUAACACGUGUUGUAACAGCCUAUAAUUAUGUUAAUGAUGACUCCGAUGAUGACAACGAUGAUGCUGAUGAUAACGAUGAUGAUGAUAUCAAUGAUACUUCUUGCAAUAUACUCUCACCUGCCUCGAUGUACUGUAUUUAGCAGCAUGCAGUUUGUGGAACAAAGAAAAAGAGAAAUGCCAACAGAUAACUUUUUGGCAUACUUAGCCAUUUAUGGGUAAGUGAUUUAAGUGUUCAUCUUGUUUUUAUGAUAUUUUUUUUCAUCUAUACAAUAAUUGUAAAUAAAAAACUCAAUGUCUUUGUUCAUUUAAUACUAUGCAAAAAGUCAUGCUUUUCUGAUUGUUACCCACCCUUAAUCCUAGAGUGUGUUGCUGGAAUGUUUGUGUUUUCAGAAGUCAGUAAACACAAUGUGAUGUAAAUUAUUUUCUAGCUCGAGGAAAAAAGUUCAAUGAUGAUGAAAUAAUAUCAUUAUAUGGGGAAGAUGAUAAUAAUAUUGGUGGUGACAGUGAUGAUGAUGAUGAUGAUGACGAUGAUGAUGAUGAUAAUGAUGAAAUGUUACUCUUGCUGCUUGACUGUCCCAUUUACCACACUCCUGACAGGAGCGCAAGUGAAAAACACAAUAAAAACAAAAACAUGAAAAAUCACUAAAUAAAUCUCCCAGAGCAGCAUGA